AUGGCUCUUGCUCUCAAACUAGUACCGAUUUUGGUGCUUACCUACGUGUUGGCAGCGAACAGCUAUGCUGUUGAAAAUGGUUUCAGCCAGUGUGAAAAUGUUGUCAAGAAGUGGAGCACCUCAGCUCUUGAACAAGAAGCUAAGGAGGACAAGCAUACACUUCGAGAUUUAUUGUUUUUUCUUCAUAUCCCAAGAACUGGAGGGCGAACAUACUUUCACUGUUUCUUGAGAAAGUUGUACUCUGGCUCAGAUGAAUGUCCCCGUUCUUAUGAUAAGUUACGGUUUGACCCAAGCAAACAAAAGUGCAGGCUAUUGGUUACUCAUGAUGACUAUAGCAUGAUUUCUAAGCUUCCUAAGGAGAAAACUUCUAUGGUGACCAUACUCAGGAAUCCAGUUGACCGGGUCUUUAGUGCUUAUGAGUUUUCAGUUGAAGUAGCUGCCAGGUUUUUGGUGCAUCCUAACCUAACGUCUGCAACUAAAAUGUCUGGUCGCUUGCGGUCUAAUUCCUCUGGAAUUAGUACAUUGGAUAUAUGGCCCUGGAAAUACUUGGUUCCAUGGAUGAGAGAGGACCUGUUUUCUAGGAGGGAUGCAAGAAGGCAUAGAGGCUCAGAUAGAGUUGAGAGCAAUAACCCAUAUAGCAUGCAGGAGAUUGUGAUGCCAUUACUCCGUUAUAUAAAUGACCCUAUAGCUCGUGAUAUUGUUCACAAUGGAGCAACUUUUCAGAUUGCAGGAAUAACUAACAACUCCUACUUUCCAGAAGCACAUGAAGUGCGUCACUGUGUACAGAGAUACAAGGUCCUUGGAGAUUAUGUUCUUCAAGUUGCAAAGAAGAGGCUGGAUGAUAUGUUGUAUGUUGGUCUCACCGAGGACCACAAAGAAUCUGCUACCAUGUUUGCAAAUGUGGUUGGAGCACAGGUGAUAUCCCAGACAUUAUCAUCAUCAUUAAAUGCUUCCACCAAGUGGAAACCGGCUAAUCACAAAACAGGUCGUGGCUCUUUAAUCUCAGUUCCAGAGGCUGACCACGAGGAGCAUCAAGUGGGGCAGGCCAACACCACAGUUCAUUCCACAGAGAAUAUAAGUGACAAUAGAGAAAAUAUGACGGUGAAGAAACUAAUGGGGUCUUAUGAAGACUGCAUAAAGAGUUUAAGGAAGACACAGUCGCGCCGUCGAACUAGCUCUCUGAAGAGGAUUGCUCCUGCAAACUUCUCCAAGGCGGACCGACUGAAGGUUCCUGAGGUGGUGCUCGAGGAGAUCAGAUCUCUUAACCACCUAGAUGUGGAUCUUUAUGAAUAUGCUCGCAGCAUCUUCACUAACCAACACCAAAAGAGCCUGUUGCAACCAUAUGACACCACUGAAGGCCUGGGAAGCAUUUUCAGCAGCUAUUCAUCAGAGGAAGGAAUAAUGUCGUUGAGAUUACUGUCAUUGGGCAUGUUUGUGGCCUUGUUCCUUCUGGUCAUGCUUGUAUGUGUAAACGCCAGAAGGAAAAUAUCCAAAGUUAAAAUAUAA